AUUUCUAUUUUGCUCUUUUCUUCAGUUACGCUUUAUUUUUAUAUUAACCUUGUUAUUUGUAUUCUAUAUAUUUUUUUGCACUCGAUAUGCAUAUUUGGCAAUACCGUUAUCUCCUAAUGCUUUCUUCAGAUAAACACAAGCGCAAACAAGCAGCACGUCAACGAACUAGCACUAUAUACAGUCCAUACAUUACAUUAAUACACACAUUUAGUUCUUGAGAAUUGCUUGAGCACUGAGCCAAUGAGUCGAUGUCACUUGGCUACGCCCAAGAAACAGAUCGGCUGCUCUCCGACCAGCCGCCUGUAGUGUAUUCGAGCACGAUUUCGGCGCCAGAGUCAAUAGCAGAGAGCAGCUCUGCCGCCAUAACUACCACAGGCGUCGCAUGGUCGGGGGUUCCCAGCGAGAUAGAUAACAAAGGAAGCACAGCCAGGGAUUUUUACGCCGCCGAACGCAACUAUCUGAGCUGGUUGCGUCUGUCGAUGGUCAUCAUGAGCACGGGCGCCGCAGCGCUAGUCAGCUUUCGGCAACCGAGUAACACGUCACCAAAUGAUAAGAAUAUAUUACACUCGUGCUACUGGUUAAAAACAGUUAUCAAUGGAUACAACCACUAUAUUGGGUUGGCGCUCUUCUUUCUGGCCGUAUUCACUGGUUUGGCUGCCAUGUCCGUCUUCUACCACACGCACGCGCAGCUGGCUGUACUGCAGCAGCCGCUCAGAUGGUCGGGGAUGCUGCUCAUUUCUGUUACUUUUGCGACGGCAUUGGCAUCUUUUUCUGUCGCUAUGGCUGCCUUUUGCCGCUAAAGAAGACAACCAAUUGCUCUUAUUUUUUGGCUGCAAUUUCUCAAGUGAUUUUUUUGCUAGAGGUUUGUGCUGGCAGUGAACUUUUUUUACAAAAUGUCUUCAAGGCAUCGCAACAAAUUGAUUGUAUUUUUAUUUUAUUCCUUAAGUAUUCGGAAACACGGAAUCCAU